GACGUCUAAAUAUGUCUGAAGACUGUUCAGACAAAAUAAAUCAUUUUGAUGGCGUUUUCUGAAUUAGAAAUGGUAACGCACUCAGCCCUAUCUGGCCGGUUAGCUCAGUUGGUUAGAGCGUGGUGCUAAUAACGCCAAGGUCGCGGGUUCGAUCCCCGUACUGGCCAUUAAACUUUUGUUUAGACCUUCGGGAAAAGUAGAAGCUUGAUUUUUCAUUACAAGUAGAAAAAAAAAGUUUAAAAUUUCAUUUUUACAUUGAAUUUACAUUUCAAUUCGUGAAUCUAAGACAAUUGUUUUAUGCAACAUUAUAAGAACGAGCUAACGGGUUUAAAUAACCUAGACAUAACAUAGUCUUACAUUUAGAUUUUAGGAUCAGUUUAGGUGGACGUUUUUUGUUUUUAGUCGGCAGGACAAAUUACGAGUAACUCCUGUGCUGCCGGGCUUGAAAUACUGUAAGCACCAUUUCCCCCCGGACUCUUUUUAUUGUCGGACGGUUCGGAUAAUGAUGGCAGCAGCAGCGAUGGCUGAUUGCGAAGUCACAGACGAAAGUAAUGACCCUGGAGCAGCACCAUUCGGAAAUUUUAUAAAUUACUAUGCGUUCAAUCCUCCAGAGAACCGCAUGAGUCUCAUACCGAGCACAUUGCUUCAAGAUAUCGGAUACAGCGUUGAGAGUAGCGUUAGCGACACCGUACUUCUGCUUGACGUGGGGUGUAAUUCUGGGGAUUUAAGUGUGGCCCUCUUCACGCAUCUGCAAGGCCGCCGCGCUAGUGAUGAUGCGGCUGAGUCUAGGAAGCUUCACCUGCUUGGUGUCGACCUGGAUGAAGACCUUAUUCUCCGGGCGGAGCAGUCCAACCCUUUCCCGGAAAACAUAUCCUUUAUUCCUCUAGACAUCACGCAUGAUUUGGACAGUCGGACACAGCUGGAGAGUUACUUGGCGAGGUUUGGGCGCUCGCGCUUUCACCUGUGCGCCUGCCUGGCCGUCACCAUGUGGGUGCAUCUGAACCACGGCGACGCAGCCCUGCUGGACCUCCUCACUCGCCUGGCCUCCUUCAGCGACCACCUUCUCCUGGAGGCCCAGCCGUGGAAGUGCUACCGCUCUGCGGCCCGCCGGCUGCGCAAAUUGGGCCGUCGCGACUUUGAUCACUUCAAGACACUGGAAAUCCGAGGGGACAUAACGGAACGGGCCAAAGAGCACCUGGAGAGAAGCUGUGGUAUGGAGUUAUUGCGCAGCUUCGGCAGCACGGUUUGGGACCGUAAAUUGCUACUCUUCGGCAAACGGAAAAUGAUGCGGGGAGAAAUAUGAGUCUUAUUAUAAUAUUACUCGCCAUUACUGCGACCGUAUUUGGCAAAUUGAGUGACGCUGUCAUUUAUUUUCCUUCUGGGAAUAUUCGAGGAGAUCGGUUACACUAGAGCCAAACGGAACACUGUUUUACAAAUGUUUCAACAAUUGUAUAAAAAAUGAUAAUUAAUUCUCAUAUGCAGUAUCUGUCUUGUGAAGCACAGAAUAUUUUUUAUAUUGUGUGUGUAUGCUGUAUGUGCCGCUGUGUGACCACAAGGUGGCGGUGGUGUAGCCUGAGCGGACUGCCUGAGCCCACGAACCAUGUAAUUAACACAAUUUCCUGUGACCCACUUCGAAUGAAAUGUUUUAUACAAGUAGCUUAUUCAUGUUACAAUGGAUAUUAUAGAUUAACGUAAUGUGAGAAUUCCUUGGAAAUGGCUAAGGGCAUUUAAAAUGGUUUAUUUCAUAGAAUACAAUGAAAGUUUUACCCUUGAAAGUUGUGGAAAGCUUUACUUUCUUUGCGCCUUCUGUGGCGAGGUUACAUGGCAGUUAUUUUUAACGGCUAUCUAUUCUAAUUUACGAACAAACAGUAUUUACAAACAGUAAGUAUUUGGACAGUUGGUACAAUUUCUGUCCUUCUGGCUCUGUCGUCCAGGACAAUGGAUUUGAAAUGGAACGAUAAAAGUCAGGUUUAAAGUGUAGACUGUCCCCUUUAAUUUGAGGUUCAUGCAUGUAGGAAUCACCCCCCCCCCCUUCAUUUUAGGGGAACAAAUGUAAUUGGAUGGUUGGCUUCUCAUCUGCUUCUGAAUAGGAAGGUGUCCUCAAUCACUUCCUUACUGCAGGUAUAAGAAAGCUUUCAGUAUCUAGCCUUCAUUCUAGGCUUUUGAUUGACUUUGGAGUCUGUUAUUGGCAUUUGUCAACAUGAGGCCCAGAGGCAGAGACAGUCAAGGAAGCCAUUAUGAGGGUGAGGAAAAAUUUUUAAAUAAAUACAGAGCUAAAGAAUAGAAAUUGUACCAGUUGUCCAAAUACAUAUGCAGUGUAUCUUGAACAAUGUUGUACCUGAUCGAGAGAUGGGGCCUGUAUUCUUUCACUGGGGCUUAUACAUACAAUAGGUUGGUAAUGGCAAUACAUGGGAACAUAUGUGCAAAGUAACUACACAAUAAUGGUUGAGUUCACCAAGAGUUACCUUGCAUGAACCCAAAUAUAUCACAAAAACUCUUGUAUUGGUGAAACAACAUGAUGCCUCCACCUAAUAAGCAUAGACACCUGACAUGUAUCAAGGUCUUAAUUUGGAAACUUGAAUAUAAUGUGCCCACACAAAGAAUGUGACGGUGAAUGUGUGGACAUUAAUUUCCACAUGUGUGUCUGCCUGAUUUCCACUUAAGCAGUUCAGCCUCAGGAACUCCCUCUCUCGCAGAGAGUGGGAAGGAACCCACAGUUUGAUUUCUACAGUGUUAUUGUAGCCAGCACUGUUAGAUCACAUUGCAUUACAUCACAUUACAUUACAUUAUUGGCCCGACUUAUCCAGAGCGACAUACAGUUGAUUAGACUAAGCAGGAGACAAUCCCCUGGAGCAAUGCCUUGCUUAAGGGCCUAACGCCUGUGCAGAUCUUAUUGUGGCUGCAUCGGGGAUUGAACCAAUUACCUUAUGGGUCCCAGUCAUGUGCCCUAACCACUACACUACAGACUGUUUUGUAUUUUGUAUUACAUCAAUGAAAGACAAAUAAGGAGAUUUUUUUUUUAAAGCAGGAUAAAGAGCAAAAUAACUGAUGCAAUAUAUUUUUUGGAAAUCUUUUCUUUUUUCAUGAAACUCGUUUGUUUGCUUUAGUCCAUAGUGACAUGUUUUACGUGAAUAUUGUUUGCUUUAAUCCAUAGCAACAUAAUUGAUGUGAACAAGAAGCCCAAAAAAUCAGACCACGUAGAAUUGCGAGACCAUUUUUGCAUUACGGAGAGGUCAAAGGUCAGAGGAUGGAAUUAUGUCACAUGGGACAUGUGACAAGCAGGCUGCCUGUUCAUUCAUUGGUCAAAAUGACGAGGCAGUGCUGAUAGCUAUACAGGUCUUGCAAAUAAUCAUAAUAAUAAAUCUAAUUAUGUGCUUUUCAUUUAAUGAACAAUCUCAAAGUGCUACAUGAAAGGAUACUAUGAUAAAGGUGCUUUACUAAACAAUGAUAAAAAUAAUAAAAACAAAAACUAGGUUUAUAUAAACCAUACAAUGAUUAGGCAAACACUGAAUUAUCACAUCAAGCAUUUCCAUUUUUACUUGGAGUGUAAAAUGGAGGUAGCUAUGAAUCUCAGUGGUGUGUGAGGUAAUGUGUAAGAGGUGGAUGUUAUUAAAAAGCAGUGCCAUGUCAAACUAUUUUGUGAAAUUAUUUUAGUUUGGUGACAGGCAGAUGUAUGAACAAACAACUAACAAAAUGUUUGGCUAUUGUUUUGUAACACUGGUUACUUCAGUCCGAAUAAAGCCUGUUUUUUCCCUCGUCGAGCAGGAGAAACUCAAAGGAGGUCAUUGAGCUUUCACUCUGGCUGGUGGAAAACUCAGAGUAGGAGUUCAGUAGUUUCUUAUUACUGGGUCCGUUCCUGCUGCCGUGGUACAUGGUCGUAUGUAUGCGGUGUAUCCUAGAUAACAUGGGUAAUUGGUAUAGGGUAUAAUUGGCAAGUAAUCUUAAAUUAAUGAAUAAUAAUAAAUAAAUACUGUUACUGUCACCCUCCUGUCAGUUUUGACCAGUCUGGCCAUUAUCCUCUGAGCUCUCUAAUGAGUUAUGUUUCUGCUCACAGAACUGCUGCUCACUGGAUGUUUUUUGUCCCAGGUGAUCAGCAGUUUCUCAAACCACCCUGUCUAGCACCAACAAUCAUUGCAUGGUCAAAGUCACUUAGAUACAUUUUUUCUCCCCAUUCUGAUGGUUGAUGUGAACAUUAACUGAAGUUCCUGACCCGUAUCUGCAUUAUUUUAUGCAUUGCACUGCUGUCACAUGAUUAGCUGAUUAGAUUAUGACAUGAAUAAGUAAGUGUACAGGUGUUACUAAUAAAGUGCUCAGUGAGUGUAUGUUGCUUGCAGUAAAACACGCCAGUUGCACUGCAAUCAAGACUUGAUUAUCUUCUUAGACAAAUGAAAAAGACCUUGUGUAGGCUAAGUGCAUUAUCAAUAACAAAGGAGAACUGCUGUAUAAGAAUAAAGACAUUGCUGAUGCAUUAAA